AUGAGCCAGCAGAAGAAGCGCGCGGCCGCCGAGUUCGAGAGCGACGUGAAGCGCCACACGGCGCAGGGCCAGCAGCCGCAUGGCGGCGAGGAGGACCUCGUGUUCGAGGACCCGUUCGGCGACGACAUGGAGGACGAGGAGAUGGUCGAGAGCGACGGCGACGAGGAGGUCGUGGACGGCGCGGACAAGGACGUGGACAUGGACGUGGAAGGCGACGAGCAGGCCGAGAAGCAAGUGAAGAAGGUGUUCAUGCCCGGCGUGGACAAGCUGCAGGACGACGAGGUGCUGGACUACGACAGCAGCGCCUACGACAUGUACUACGCCAUGACGGCCGAGUGGCCGUCGCUCAGCAUCGACGUGGUGCGCGACAACCUCGGAGCUGUGCGCACGCGCUUCCCCAUGACCGUGUUCAUGGUGGCGGGCACGCAGGCCACCAACCCGGACGACAACCAGAUCACGGUCAUGAAGAUGUCGGAGCUGCACAAGACCAAACACAGCGACGGCUCGGACUCGGAGGAUGACGACUCGGACUCGGAGGACGAGACGGAGGGCGACCCCGUGCUGGAGUCGCGUUCCAUCCCGCACCCUGGCGGCGUCAACCGCAUCCGCUGCAUGCCGCAAAGCUCCAACAUUGUGGCCACCUGGUCGGACCGCAAGAAGGUGCAGCUCUGGGACAUUGCCAAGCAGCUCGAGUCGCUGGACGGCAAGGCUGGUGCUCCGCUGCCGGCCAAGCAGGUGCCCGUGUACACUUUUUCGGGACACGCUGACGAAGGUUUCGCUAUGGACUGGUCUCCGGUGCAGGCGGGACGUCUGGUUACGGGCGACUGCAGCAAGUUCAUCUACCUCUGGGCCAACUCGGAGGGCGCGUGGAGCGUGGACAAGGUGCCUUUCACGGGCCACAAGAGCUCGGUGGAGGACCUGCAGUGGAGCCCCACGGAGGCGUCCGUGUUCGCGUCGUGCUCGGCGGACCGCACCGUGCGCAUUUGGGACACCCGGCGGAAGGCCGGCAGCAUGCUGGACGUGGCUGCUCACGACGACGACGUCAAUGUGAUCUCGUGGAACCGCAACGUCGCGUACCUGCUCGCGUCCGGCUCGGACGACGGCUCUUUCAAGAUCUGGGACCUGCGUAACUUCAAGGCCGACAACCCGGUGGCGCACUUCCGGUACCACACGGCGCCCGUCACGUCUAUCGAGUGGCACCCGACCGAUGAGUCGGUGCUCGCGGUGUCAGGCGCGGACAAUCAGAUUUCCGUCUGGGAUAUGUCCGUCGAAGAGGACGCGGAGGCCGCUGUGCCCGUGCAGGGCGAGAACGGCGAGGCGAAGCUCGACCUGCCGCCGCAGCUGCUCUUCAUCCACCAGGGCCAGACCGACAUCAAGGAGCUGCACUUCCACCCGCAGUGCCCAGGCGUGCUCAUGAGCACGGCCGGCGACGGCUUCAACGUCUUCAAGCCUGCUAAUAUUUCGUAA